UUGUUUGUUCAGUCUCAAAAUCCGUAUAAAUGCUCGACAUAAUUGUGAUCAAAUCACUUGGGUUAGGGAUUCUAACGGAUACUAAGUUCCUAUGGCCAAAAUGAUUUCCAUUUUCGUGCUCUUCGUUUUAAGCAUACUGCAUGCUCAUGCUGCUCCGCAAGGUGCACCAAUUCCUCAGAAUUAUAAUCCAACACCGGACGUACCUCCAACUUCAUACAUACAUGCAGCACCAGCUGACACACUUUUAGCAUAUCCAGUGUAUCAACCCAACUUUUUCCCCGGGAAUACACCUAGAACUCAACUGGUCUAUCCUGACUUUAAAAAUCCCAACUACCCCGUUCAUCUUAUCCCCGUUCCGUUAGGAACUAGCUUUGGCUUUAGCUCUGGCGCAGGAUCAGGAUCAGGCUCAGGCUCAGGCUCAGGCUCGGGCUCGGGCUCAGGAUCAGGAUCAGGGUCAGGCUCAGGAUCAGGAUCAGGGUCAGGCUCAGGAUCAGGAUCGGGAUCAGGCUCAGGAUCAAGAUCAGGAUCAGGAUCAGGGUCAGGCUCAGGCUCUGGCUCGGGCUCGGGCUCGGGCUCAGGCUCAGGCUCAGGCUCAGGUUCAGGCUCAGGAUCAGGCUCAGGCUCAGGCUCUGGCUCCGGCUCAGGAUCAGGCUAAGGCUCGUGCUCAGUAACCAGCAGAAGAGGAACUAGCUCUGGCUCCUUUAGAUAGAUAAUUUUUUUGUACGAUUUCUCUUUAUAGAUCCGUAUAACGCUACUAUAAUAAAUUCCAGUUAUCGAACUAUUUAUUAACAGACGUACCUUACCCGCAAUCAAUGAGAAAACUGUGCAUUUGCUUCAGUAACUACUAAGAUAUGCCAGCAGUCAUUUGUAAUCACUUUUAAUUUUACUAAACCGAUAUUAAUAAGUAAGCAAACAUUUUAAAAAUCAAUCUAUGUAUCGAACUAAAAGUAAUAAUAAAUUAAUACAGCAAG